UCGCUCUUAGUUUAUUCUUGACUCUGACUAACUUUGAGCGAGCUUUCACGAUCAUUCGGUGCGCUUUUGUUGACAUUCAUUGACGAUCAUUUGUUUUGUGUACGCGUUUUUUUGUGCAUGUGCAUCAUCGUCUGCUUGGUUUCACCGCUAGUUUUUCUUAGGAUGCACCCACACAUACAAAUCUGAACGUGCGUACGAAUCCUCAACUUACAAAAAGGAAGUUGAAAUGGCUUUUCAAGUCACGUUCAUUUGAAUUUUCGACAUUCGUUGACCGUGCUGCCCGAAGAGCAAGAAAACAAUGGAUCUUGACAACCCGAGCUACUUCGCCGUGCCGACAGAUGAACCCGAUUGCAGUGCGGCUCAAAUUCGGCAGAAAAAGCGAUCCGAAAACUCGGAAACUGUCCUCAAUCGCCAACUCACGCCGCCCAAAUACAACGGCAAUCGCAGGGAAAUUCGAGCACUUUUGCGAUCUGUGAGCUCGAACUCGGCAGACUCCAAUCAUGAGCUCCUGAUCAUGGGAGAACCGCGUCUUAGUGACAUGGCGCCUAGUUUGGCCUACAAACACCCAAGUCGCUCGAAUUCGCUGAAGAAAGCCCAAGAAAACCCAAGAUGCAUCCCGAUGUCCGAAGAAGACGAAGGCUCCGAUGGGCUUCUGGAGGAAGACGAAGUCUUCCUAGCUGACGAUGGAGCCAGAUAUUCAAACUGCAGUGCCGUCAAACGAGUGAACGGCAGCAGCAGUUUAAAAAGAUCGGGCAGCCCAAGACGGCAUUCGAUCAGCAGCUUCAAUGCCAGGGACCGGGCCAGUAGUGUUGCUUCGUCGUCCCGCAGCUUCAAGGGCGACUUUUCAGCUACAAUGCAGGAAAGCGUCUCAGCUACUUCAAAGGUGGAUGAACAUUCCCUCAGGCACAUGGCCUAUCCUAGAAAGACAUGUUUAAUGUGCACUAGAGGAAAUUUCUCGAAGCCGCCCGCUAACAUGGACGACAUUUUGAUAGUUUCCCUGAAAAGCAGCGAACCUGCUAACUUAUGGGUGGAUUAUUUCGCGUCAUAUUUCGAGCAAAUUAGCAAGCAGGCGAACCGGAAGGCCCCGUUCAAGAUCAGGAAUGCCUACUUGGAGGAUUCGCUAACACCGAAAAUCGAAGACCAAAAGUUCAUUGAAGGAGCCACUGGCGUGAAGCUGCAGCUUGUGGUUGUUUGUCCAGGAUUUCUGGACUUUGUUGCUCAACACCCGGAAGAAUCCGCUGGGCUGGCAAAACUGCUGCUAGCAGACCGCACUUUAGCUCUUUUACUUGGGGUAACCGAUGACGAUGUUACGGAAGCGCAUAGAAAUGCCCUGCCGCUGUACUUCCAAUGGCAAAGACAAUCAGUUGGUCAGGAUCAGGACCAGACUUUCACGAAAAAAUUCCUCAACCAAGCCAUGACCAUUCUGUCGAAGAUUUGGAAACAACAAAGCUCCGUAACAGCGCAAGAAAAGUCCGGAUUCUCCGUCACACCCAAGAAAAUCAAACAGGGCCAAAACAGCGUUUCGAUCAUCUUAACACAUCCGCUGCAAAAGGACGAUUUGGUGAAGAUUUCGCUGGAACGAAACGGUGAACUUCACGAAAUUAAGUCGGUGAAGAGGCGCAAUCCAUACGUAGUGAAAAUCACUGUGCCGGAAAACCUGAUUGAUAUUACGGCGAUCGUGAAUAUCCUAGUGGAGAAGAAUGGAAAUAUUAUUGGAAGCCGGCCGGUUAAAUGCGAGAGCAAGUUUAGGGAGCUGGAACAGAUUUUACGAUCCGCGAACAAUCCGGUGGAGUUUAUGUGCCAGACAUUGGGAUUCAGCCCGGCCGACCGGGAACAUCUGGAUAGUUGGCUUGUGCAUGGAUUUCAGAAGAAUCUUCCUCCACAUUUCAAUCUGUUUGGUACACACAAUACGCCCUUUUCUGCCAGUAUCACUGUACGAAAACAAAGCAAUGAAGAGUUUCCCACACUGCUCCACUUUGCCGCAAAAUUCGGUCUGGAAAAGCUGGCUGCCCAACUAAUGGACUGUCCAGGAGCUGAGAUUGCCUAUGAAGUGCGAAACGUGUUCGGAAUGACCCCGAUUGAAAUUGCCGAUUCCAGCGGCCACAAUUCGCUUUCCAGCACGCUGAAGAACUAUAAGAGCAUGCAUGAAGUCACCUCCUGCUAUACCACCUUGAAGCACUUCAGCUUGCGAAGCAAGUCCGAAGAAGAUGAAGAAGGUUACUUGAAGCCGCGAGAAAUCGACAAUCUCUACAAAUUAUGCCCGGCCCCGCGGCCGGUUAAUCCUGAGAUGAUGAGAAGCUGUCCAACUCCCAUUGUCACCCCAUCGAGCGAGUGCGGCAGCUCCUUAUACUUAGCAAUGGACAGAACAGCAAUAGCGUUUUCACGCGAAGAUCUCCGCAAGUCAGAAAACGAGCCAACUAGUCCCAAAAAAGAGCUCGACAGGCAAAACCACAGAUCCCCUUCACCCAACGCCAGAAAGCGCAAAGCAAAUGCCAUUGUGGAGGACAAAUUUCAGCGAGAAUUAGCGGAAAUUAUUACGGAUUUCAAGAACAACGUCCACUCAUUGGCGCAAGUUGAAAAACUGGUGGAAGAAUGGAAAAACCGAAACGAUGUCCAAAAGUCCUUCAAAGAAAAGCAGGAUCAGCUAAACCAGAUGCGCUUAAGCUACGAGAAAAUGCAGCAGGAAUACAAAGCCAAGACCAAGAAGUCCUCUCCAGUGGACAAGUUUAUGAAGCUGUUUUCCAGACAGUCGAAAACCGAUGAACAAUCGGAAGAAAUCACUUCGGAAAAUGUGAUUUCCGGGCCGGCUUUAGCGCUCAAUCAAAGCGCCCGGCCAAUCAGCAGCUUGAGCACUUCUUCGAGUGGAUCUAGUGGAAGAAUGAGCACCAUUAGCGGGUGCAGUGUAGGCGAUAGCGGCACUCAUUCGGAUAACGAAGACCGAAAGCUGAUGAUCAGCAACAGUCAAGGGGACAAUGACUUCAAAGAGCUGGACUUUAGCAAGACGAACUUGGAGCUAAAUUAUACUCCAGUGCCGGUACCAAAGCCAGUAAAGUUCUCCAGUAUGCACCACUUUGAAACCAUUGAGGAAAACAAGCCGGUUUCCAGGCCUGAUACUUUAUCAAUCUCUGAACAGUUUUACAUUCAGUUUCCCCCUAAUGGACAACCAGUUUCAGGAUUCGAUGACGCUCAAUCAGAAACCCCUAAGAAUAAUUACAUGAACCUACCAGGUCCUCCCAGUUCUCACGAGUACAUUAACUACAACCCUGCAACAUGAUCUCAAAAACGCAUCACCAAAAGUAGACCGUGUAGAGAAUACAGCCCCAUUUUCUAGGUGGUAAUGCAUGGGAACUUCAAGUUAGUAUUAGUACUAGAAUUCACAUCGACCAAUCAUAUACAAAUACAUUUUUUAUAUUAGAAACACCAUUAAAAGUUACUUUGUAUUAUUAAUACUCGUAAGGUAGUUAGGUAACGCAAUACUCCAAUGGAAUCGAUGAAUGGAUUGUUUUUAUACUUUAUACAUGGUUGUUUAGUAGUGUUCUUCUGCAAACAUAAUAUUUAUGUUUAUCGGCCCCUUAUUGUAAUUUAUUUAUUUCCUGUCCUUUGAACUCGAUAUGUGUUGAAUGCGAACUUUUAUACAUCAUUUUAUAUUUUGUACAUUUUAUUAAAUACAUACAAUGUGUUAUGAAUAA